AUGACACAGCCCGCCAAGAAAGUUGCACCAGCUCCGUUAUCUAAAAAGUCAGCCGGCUCUUCCGCCGCCGCCAAGAACCCAUUGAUUGAGUCUACUCCAAAGAACUUUGGAAUCGGUCAAUCUGUUCAACCAAAGAGAAAUGUGUCCAGAUUUGUGAAAUGGCCUGAAUACAUCAGAUUGCAAAGACAAAAGAAGAUUCUUUCUUUGAGAUUGAAGGUUCCUCCAGCACUUUCUCAGUUCCAAAACACUUUGGACAAGAAUACCGCUGCUCAAGCUUUGAAAUUGUUCAACAAGUACAGACCAGAGACUGCUGCUGAGAAGAAGGAGAGAUUGACCAAGGAGGCUGCUGCCGUCGCUGAGGGUAAGUCUGCUAAGGACGCUUCUCCAAAGCCAGUUGUUGUCAAGUACGGAUUGAACCAUGUUGUUUCUUUGGUUGAGAACAAGAAGGCCAAGUUGGUUUUGAUUGCCAACGACGUCGACCCUAUCGAGUUGGUUGUUUUCUUGCCAGCUUUGUGUAGAAAGAUGGGUGUUCCAUACGCCAUUGUCAAGGGUAAGGCUAGAUUGGGUACUUUGGUUCACAAGAAGACCUCUUCUGUCGCUGCUUUGACCGAAGUCAACUCUGCUGACGAGGCUGAAUUGGCCAAGUUGAUUUCUACUGUCAAUGCCAACUUUAUUGACAAAUACGAGGAAAACAGAAAGCACUGGGGUGGAGGUAUCAUGGGCUCCAAGGCCAACGAUAAGAUCGCCAAGAAGGCUAAGACCAUGGACGUUAAGCCAGUUCAGUAA